UUGCUUUUUCCAACACCAAGAACUAUAUAUUUUCGAAUUAAAACCCUAAUUCUUCCUCGUUUCUUCUUCCUUUUUUUUUUUAAAUUCCAAUUUGAUUUUUUUUUUGGUAGUUAGGACAGGGAAAUUAAAGGAGCAAAAAUCAAACAAAAACUUUUGAUCUCCCAGUGUUCCAAUUUUCUUUUGUUGCAUUGUUUUCCUUCCGACUUUUGGAGUUUAUCGUUGCUUUGCUUCGACCAUGAACGAUCUUCUGAAGGAUUCGUUUGAGCUCCCUCGGGGUCAAUCUUCUAGAGGUGGAGAUAUUGAGUUAGGGGGACAAGGUCAGUCGAAUCAUGGAGAUCAAGGACUAGAAGAUUUCUUCAAAAAGGUUCAAGAAAUUGACAAACACUAUGAGAAGCUAGAUAAGCUUCUAAAGAAGCUUCAGGCUGCCCAUGAGGAAUCAAAGGCGGUCACCAAAGCUCCUGCCAUGAAAGCUAUAAAGAAGAAAAUGGAAAACGUGGACGAAGUUGAAAGUAUUGCCCGUUUCAUAAAGGGGAAACUUGAGGAGCUGGAUAGAGAUAAUUUGGCAAAUAGACAGAAGCCUGGAUGUGGAAAAGGAUCCGGUGUAGACCUCUCAAGAACAGCAACGACUCUUUCCUUGAAGAAGAAGUUGAAAGACAAAAUGGCUGAAUUUCAGACUCUUCGAGAGAACAUACAACAAGAGUAUCGAGAGGUGGUGGAAAGACGUGUAUUUACCGUGACUGGCCAACGAACCGAGGAAGAGACAAUUGACAAAUUGAUUGAAACUGGAGACAGCGAACAAAUCUUCCAGACAGCGAUUCAAGAGCAGGGACGAGGACAGAUAAUGGACACCUUGGCCGAAAUUCAAGAACGCCAUGACGCCGUUAGAGACUUGGAAAAGAAACUUCUCGACUUACAACAGAUAUUCCUGGAUAUGGCAGUUUUGGUUGAUGCUCAAGGAGAAAUGCUGGACAACAUAGAAUCUCAGGUUUCGAGUGCAGUGGAUCAUGUACAGUCUGGGAACACGGCUCUUCAGAGAGCGAAGAGCCUUCAGAAGAGCUCGAGAAAAUGGAUGUGCGUCGCCAUUGUCAUCCUCCUUAUCAUCGUCGCCAUCAUCGUGGUCGGUGUUCUAAAGCCUUGGCAAACCAAGAACGGCGCGUGAAAACCUCGUCUUUUUGCGCCCUCGGCCACAAAAUCCGAUCGUCGAUGAUAUACAAAAAUAUCGGCCUGAAAAUGGCGAUAUCUCGCGAGGAUGAUUUCGAUGAUCUUCCUCGAGUGUUUGGUUGAAUGGUUUUUGAGGUUUUGUGUUGCAGAGAGAAAAAAAAAACCCAGAAACUGAAACUGUUCUUCCUUAGUUUGUUGUGAUCAUUAUUCAUAAUGGCUUUUGCUUAUUGUAUUAUUCUUUUACUUGGAUCAACCAAAACAUACCAUCCUUCUUGCCCUUUGUUCCUUGUGAAAAUUGAUUUUUUAUUUAUAAUAUAUUUAUGGGUUUUACAGA